AUGUUCCAAGUUUUAUUUCAUUUCACAUCCUUGCUCAGAGAGGUGAGAACACCCUCAUGGAGGCUGUGGAUUGUGAGGAAGCAGCAGCUUUCCCUGCCCACUAUUCCCUUGCUCCAAGCAGCAAAAAAGAAGAACUCUUUGAACCUCAUUGGACUAACUGAGGCAGAACUGGAAGAACAGUUUGUAAGAGGUGAUGGCCCAGGAGGUCAGGCCACAAACAAGACAAACAACUGUGUUGUCCUGAAGCAUGUUCCAACUGGGAUUGUAGUGAAGUGUCAUCAAACAAGAUCAGUGGAGAAGAACAGAAAGAUUGCCAGAGAAAUCCUGCAGCAAAAAGUUGACCUUUUCUACAAAGGUGAAGACAGUGAUGUUUUUAAACAGCAGAAAGCAGAGGAGAAGAAGAAGCAGGAGAGAAAAAGAAGAGCAAAGGAAAACCUAGAAAGGAAAAAGCAUUUUAAAGAGAUGCAACAAUUGGAGGAGAAAUAA